GAGGUGCCUCAGGAACAUUUGAGCUCCUUGAGGAAAAGCCGCGAGGAAGCCAAAGCCGAACGGGAACGCCAGAGCCAGGAGCUCCUGGAGGUGCCUCAGGAACAUUUGAGCUCCUUGAGGAAAAGCCGCGAGGAAGCCAAAGCCGAACGGGAACGCCAGAGCCAGGAGCUCCUGAAACAGACAGAAGUGGAAAGGCAGAAAAUUGUGGCUGAGUGUAAAGAGCUCCGGGGGUUCCUGGAGGAGAAGGAGCAGCUCCUGUUGUCCCGGUUGGAAGAGCUGGACAGGGAUGUCCUGAAGAGGAGGGAUGAGAGCAUCUCCCAACUCUCUGAGGAGAUUGCCCAGUUGGACAAACUACUGGGAGAACAAGGAGGAGAAAACACCCCAGGAAACCAGGGAGUUGCCCCAGUUGGAAGCAGCCCCCCCAGUGCUGAGGGCUGGAUGUUCUGCAAACCCGAGGCGGGGCUGGCGGAGCUGGAGAAGAAGCUGAAGAGCUUUGCCCAGAAGAGCGCGGUGCUGAAGGAGGUGCUGCUGGAAUUCCGGGAGAACCUGAGGUUCGAGCUGGAGAACGACACGGGUGACCUCUCCUUGGACCCCGACACCGCCAACCCCUACCUGGUUCUUUCCGAGGACAAGAGGAGCGUCCGACUCCGUGGUGCCCCCCAGGAACUUCCAGCCAAUCCCAAAAGAUUUGAUUAUUCCUUUUGUGUCCUGGCAGCUGAGGGGUUUGUAGCUGGGAGACAUUACUGGGAGGUGGAGGUGGGAGAUGGAGAGAGUUGGGUCUUGGGAGCCGCGCGCGAGUCGGUGCGGAGGAAGGAAAAGAUCGACUUCGCCCCCGAGGAAGGGAUUUGGGCAGUGGGGUUGAACUGGAAAGGGAAAAAUUGGGAUCAAUAUCAGGCUUUUACUUCUCCAGAAACACCUUUAUCCCUUUGUGAGAGGCCCAGGAAAAUCGGGGUCUACCUGGACUACGAGGGGGGGUGGGUGGCGUUUUACAACGCCGACAACAUGGCGCCCAUUUUCACCUUCACCGCCGCCUUUUCCGAGAGGAUCUUCCCCUUCUUCUGGCUCUUCUACGUGGGCUCCUCCCUCUCCCUUUGCAAUUAA